AUGGGUUUUGGAAGUCUGUUAAGAAUGAAAAUAACUGAUAUACCACUGAAGCUGAGAUUUUAUAUUCUUCAAAAUUUUGAUUCUGAAAGAACGGUCAGAGAUGUUGAAGGAAAAGAACUGAAAGUAACAACACAGUCUAUUCAUGACAUGUUGGGGAUUCCAACCGUUGGAACCAUACUUACACAACUGGAUCAAUCGCCUAAAGAUGAUACAUGUUAUGAUGAAUGGAAGGAACAGUUUCAAGAAGGAGAAAUCAUCAUACUGAAUGCAAUCGAAAAAGUUAUUGUUCGUACCACAGGAGCUGAUUUUAAUUUCAAAUUAAACUUCUUAGUUCUUUUUGUCAACAAAUUUUGUGAGUCAACAUCAAUAGGAAGAUGCAACUUGUUCCCUUUGAUUUAUAUUUCAAGAAAAACGUAUAUCAGCAACAUAGACUGGUGCAACUAUGUUUUGGAUAGUCUCGUUAGAACAAAGAACUCAUACAUACCAUACUCUGUUACCAGCUACUUUGUUGGACCUUCAGCUUUCUUGUUGUUGUUCUAUUCUGAUAAAAUCCACUCGGAAGCUCUAAAGGUAACAUGUAAACAUCCAACAAUUUGUUAUUGUAGUUCAGAGAAGAUUAGAUAUCGAGAGACAUUUGAACAAGAAAUAGGUAGAAUUGGCCUUGGAGAAUUAAAUGAAGAAUUUUUUAAUGAAGAAGUUGAAGGAGAUACAAAUCUAGAAGACAAUGAUUGUGACAAAGAUGAAGAUGAUUUUGUUGAGGAAUAUGAAUCAAAAUUAUCUAAAAUGCUUAAUCGAUUUGAGAGGAUGAAGGAAAAUUUGAAUUCAAAUUUCAAUGAUAAAAUAACAAAGUUUCCUGAAAAGGAAAUUAUGAGUGAAAAAAUAAAUGAUGAAAAAGGGAAUGAAGAUAAAGAGGGAAAUGGUGAAAACUACAAUGAUGAUGAUGGACCUGAACCAGAAGUAGAUUAUUUACUUGAUGGAAAUAAAGUGGAGAAUGAAGUAACAAAGAAUGAUAGAGAAACCAAUGAAAAAGAAACUAAUGAAAAGAAAAAGGAAGAUGAAACUGAAGAAAAAAGAAUGAUGGAGAGAUCAAAUAAAAAUAAGAAUGGUGAAGAGAAAAACGAUGAGAAAACUAAAGAAACAAAUAAUGAUGGAGAGACUAGUCUAAAAAAUGAAACAAAUAAAAAAUUGUUGGAUAAAGUUGUUUAA